AUGGAAUAAAAAUCUUUGAAUUUGAAAAAGCAUAUCAGAUAAACAUAGAGUAUAUUAUGAAUAUUUUAAAAAUAGAAAAUUGGAUAAUAACUGUAACUGUAUUGUUUUUAUUGUUUUAAAGGUCAUAAACUUCAAUUCUUGUUUAUGAAAAUUUUUUUGGAGAUCUGACAAACAUGAAGUUUGGUAUUAAUUCAAUAAUAUUUAGAUUGGGAGAUCUUUCAAAAUGAUUAGCAUAGCUAUGGGUUAACUUAAUGUGGGACUUAAAAUAUUUUUUAAAUAUAGUAAUGCUCUGUUUAUAAAUAUAAUACAGUGAUUGCUAAAUCAUUUCAACUGGGAUGUCAUAAUCAUAUAAAAAUCUAAUUCUUAUUUUGGAGGUAUUAUCAUAUAUAAUAAUAGAUUUUAUUUUGACAAUAAGGAUUUUAUUGUAGAAGUUGACAACGAAAUAGUUCAUUCAAAAAUAUAUAGCAAUUCUCCAACUCAAUUAUGUUCUAGCAGUGUCAAUAAUAGCGACAUUAUUUAAAUCUCAAUUACUGUUUACCAUGUCAAUCCUAAAGCAGUAAUUUAAAUGAAAUCAGAUUGGGGAGGCUGGGGAAUAUCUAAUUUUCAGUUAUUUAUUGAUGAGACUCUUUAUGAAGGAUGUUUUUCUUAAACAUAAAAAUUUAUAUGA